CUCUGGGAGCCAGCGUUUAUGUUUUCUGAUCCAGUAAUGAUCAUCUGUACUGCAGGUGCUCCGUGUUUUUCAUUCAAAACGUUUUCCUCAGCUAAUCUUGGCAAUAGCUUUGUCAUGUGUUGUGCAUACAAUGUGACUCGACGUAACCUGUUUGUCACUGUGGAACUUUCCAUUCCACCUAUGGAGUCCAAGUAUGAGUGGAACUUGUACCAUAUCAGCGAGUCCUGUCAGGGGGGCACAAGGGACGAGACGCAAAACUCACUAUGACUGUGAAACAUCUCUCACUGGAUUACGACAAGGUGAACGAGCAAGGAACCUUCUCCCCUGGAGACGUUCUCACGGGCAGAGUGACCGUGGUGACCAGCAGAGAGACCAAAGUCCAGAGGCUGUUGGUGAAGGCCAAGGGGAAGGCUGCAGUGACGUGGAGCGAGCAGGAUGGAUGUGCCACACACGUCGUGAGCGACAAGAAAAUAUACUUUAACUUUGAACAGAUUAUUCUCCAGGAUAAAAACAAAGGAGAUGGGUCGGAAAUAAUGGCUGCAGGCCGGAACGUUUAUCCUUUUACCUUUGUCAUUCCCACGGCGGACAUGCCCUCGUCCUUCGACGGGAAGUGGGGAAACAUCACAUAUAGUUUGCGAGCGCAGCUGACACGAUCGAUCUGGCACGUCCACAAAACUAAGUUGGAGUUCCCCUUCUUGACCAAGUCUGAGUUUCCAUUUGCCUCCAGAUCUGAAAUGUUCAUCAUUGGGCUGAAGGAGCAGCAGUUUGCCAGCAGCGUUUCAUUCUUCGGUUCAGGUCCAGUGACGAUGAAUGUGACCUCUGAACGAAUGGCUAUGGGACAAGGAGAAGCGAUGGCAGUUUCUGUUGAAGUUCUGAACAACUCAGCCUAUAGCGUUACACCCAAAUUCCUCUUUUGUGAGAAGCAGACUUUCGCUGCUCAGUCCAGGAGAAUGACACACGCCAACGAAAUCCUUUUUGGGACAGGAGACUCUGUUUCGGCUUUAUGCAGUGGAACCAUUACUAACAUUCUCCGGGUCCCUCCAAACCUUCCUCCCACCUUCCUCAACUGCUCCAUGAUGAAUCUUGAAUACAGGCUCAAGGUCGCUCUUGAUGUCCCUCUGAAGAGACAUCCAGAGGUCAAGCUUCCACUGGUCAUUCUCUUGCGGAUGCCAAGGCCAGAGAAGCAGAAACCAAAGCGCUCCAUCUGGUUUCGGAGGCUGCCUUGUUUAAAUGAAGCCAAAGAUCCAGAGGAAACAGACAGGAAGUGGCCAUAUGUUUUAGCAUGA